GGGACACCGCUGAACUCUGCAGCUUUUAACACACAUACAGCUUUGCAUAUGUUCAGCUGUAGACAGUUUAUCGCCUAUAUCGCUCUUUAUUAUUUAGUUUUGAUAUAGUACGACACAACUUCGUGGCUUUAAGACAUGAGUGGACUGUCCUUAGAGGAAAGUGCUUUAUUACCCAAUGGACAAAGAAAGGUGUGUGGAGGAGAGAGCGAUUGCCGAUGCCCGGAGAAAACAGCCGCCUGUGUGCAGGCAGCUGUGGACUAGAGGACGGUGGUACCCGAGUGUUUAUUAUCCGGGAUCUGACUCCGGAGGCGCGGCGCUGAGGCAUGGGCUGCGCUCCCAGUAUCCACGUCUCUCAGAGCGGGGUGAUCUACUGCCGAGACUCGGACGAAUCCAACUCCCCCCACCAGACCACCACCAUCUCUCAGGGCACCGCAGCCACGUUACACGGGCUCUUCAUCAAGACCGAUGCGGCCGAGACCAUCCCAUCUGUCCUCACCUACCAGAGCCGCCACUCGCGGAACAACUCCUGCCGGGAUCGGAAGGAGAACAGCGGCGGACACAUCCGCAUCGAGGCCGAGACGCAGACCAGCCACACCAGCGUCAAGGUUUCAGCUACAGAAGAAUGUGUAGGACCGAUGAAACUGACUCAAGAGCCCAUUCAGGUCCUGCUCGUUUUCGCCAAGGAGGACAGCCAGAGCGAUGCCUUUUGGUGGGCCUGCGACCGCGCCGGGUUCAGGUGUAACAUCGCACGCACCCCCGAGUCCGCCGUAGACUGUUUCCUGGACAAGCACCAUGAGAUCAUAGUCAUCGAUGGACGCCACUCACGCUACUUUGAGCCCGAAGCUGUAUGCAGGUUGAUCCGCGCCACAAAGCCCUCUGAAAACACAGUUAUUCUGGCCGUGUUAGAACAGCAACCGGCUGACCAGGAGGAGCCAUCUGUUCUUCCUCUCCUCUGUGCCGGAUUCAGCAGAAGGUUUGUGGAGAACAGCAGUGUGUCAGCCUGCUAUAAUGAGCUCAUACAGAUUGAACAUGGAGAGGUGCGCUGCCAGUUUAAACUCAGAGCUUGUAAUUCCGCCUUCACUGCUUUGGAGCACUGCCAAGAGGCUGUGGAGAUCACCAGUGAAGAUCACAUCAUACAGUACGUGAACCCAGCGUUUGAGCGGAUGAUGGGCUACCACAAAGGGGAGUUGAUCGGGAAGGAACUGACCGAACUCCCAAAGAGCGACAAGAACAGAGCUGACCUGCUGGACACCAUCAACACCUGCAUCAAAAAAGGAAAGGAAUGGCAGGGCAUUUACUAUGCCAGAAAGAAGUCCGGCGACAGUAUACAACAACAUGUGAGGAUAACUCCGGUCAUCGGCCAAGGAGGGAAGAUUCGACAUUUUGUAGCCAUCAAGAGACCUCAUUUUGACAACAAUAAUCAGGUGCACAAGCUCAACAAGGAGGAGAAAUGCAGCGGGGAAAACUCACAGUCAGAGUGCCAUUCUCUACGUCACCGGGACAGGAGGAAAGACUCAAUUGAUGCCAGAUCUAUCAGCUCUCGUGGAAGUGACGCUCCCAGUUUACAGAAUCGUAGAUAUUCCUCCGUCGCCAGGAUUCACUCCAUGACUAUCGAGGCUCCCAUCACAAAGGUAAUCAACAUCAUCAAUGCAGCCCAGGAGAGCAGUCCGGUGACGGUGGCCGAGGCUCUGGAUCGGGUGUUGGAGAUCCUGAGGACCACCGAGCUCUACUCACCUCAACUCGCCUCCAAAGAAGACGACCCCCACACCAAUGACCUGGUCGGAGGGCUCAUGAGUGAUGGGCUGCGGAGACUCUCUGGGAAUGAAUAUGUCUUCUGCAAAAAUAUGAGCCAGAGCCAGCUGGCGAUCCCCGUCACUCUGAAUGAUGUCCCUCCACCCAUCGCUGAGAUGCUGAAUGAUGAGGAGUGCUGGGAGUUCAACAUCAUGGAGCUGGAGGCGGCUACACACAAGAGACCGCUGACUUACCUCGGGCUGAAGAUCUUCACCAGUUUCGGGGUGUGUGAGUUCCUGAGCUGCUCGGAGGCCACGCUGCGCUCCUGGUUGCAGCUGAUGGAGGCCAGCUACCACUCCUCCAACUCCUACCACAACUCCACCCACGCCGCAGACGUGCUGCACGCUACGGCCUACUUCCUCCGUAAAGAGAGGGUCAAGAACAGUCUGGACCAGCUGGAUGAGGUGGCGGCACUGAUAGCGGCCACGGUUCACGAUGUGGACCACCCGGGCCGGACCAAUUCCUUCCUGUGUAACGCAGGCAGCGAGCUGGCCAUCCUCUACAACGACACGGCGGUGCUGGAGAGCCACCACGCCGCCCUCGCCUUCCAGCUCACCAUCAGAGACAGCAAGAGCAACAUCUUCAAGAACAUAGACAGGAAUCAGUUUCGAACACUGCGACAGGCAAUCAUCGACAUGGUGCUGGCCACAGAGAUGACUCGACACUUUGAGCACGUCAGCAAGUUUGUCAACAGCAUCAACAAGCCAAUGGCUGCCAUAGAAGAGACCAGCACGAGUAGUCUGAACAGCGACUGCGAGGGUCAGGCCAACAUCAGGAACUCUCCGGAGAACCGUCUGCUGAUAAAGAGGAUGUUGAUCAAGUGUGCAGAUGUGGCAAACCCAUGCAGACCGCUGGAGCUCUGCAUUGAGUGGGCCGGACGCAUCUCUGAGGAGUAUUUUGCACAGACAGAUGAGGAGAAGAGACAGGGGCUGCCGGUGGUGAUGCCGGUGUUUGACAGGAACACCUGCAGUGUGCCCAAAUCUCAGAUCUCCUUCAUGGAUUACUUCAUCACUGAUAUGUUUGACGCCUGGGACGCCUUCGCCAGCCUGCCUGGUCUCAUGGAGCAUCUGUCGGAGAAUUACAAUUACUGGAAGGGCUUGGACGAGAUGAAGUGUAAGAGCCUGCGCCCGCCUCCUGCUUCUUGACGGAGUCCUCGUCGCCUCAGCUCAUCCAUCCCUCCGGGCAGGGCAGGAAAGCGAACGCAGCUGGAACAAUUAGUCUCUUCUGCUGUGAUUCAACGGGGAAAUGUUCAUGGCCCCGAAGCUGGGCAUUCGGGACCCUGAGAGUCGACAUGACGGACACUGAGACGCUGUUUUGAUCUCAAAUCACAGCCUCUUUUCCUUCUCGUGGUUCUUGGUUGAGCUGGGGUUCUUCCAGUGGAGAACAGGUUGUCAUUUGAGGGCCCUGUCGACUAACUACUCUUAAACACACCUCCAUGAAACGGUGUGCCCCGCAGCUCACCUGACAAUCUGUACCAUACAGUGUAACACACCACAAACCUGCACUUUAGCUUAUCAAGACUAUUCCAUUUGGAGCGUCCUCUUGCUUUUCACAGUUUUUACCUUUUCAUUUCCUAAUCUUUUCACUAUACGUCUGUCUAUUGCUGAAUAAGAUGGUGACCAAAGCUAGAGGCACUGAAGUGAAAGCUUGUUCCUUGUCUCAAAAUGCCAACUUGUGAAGGUGCUCAUCUGGAAUGAUCCAUUACUAUGAGCUGUGAUCCUGUCUACAGUAUGAGAGACACUCUGACUUGUGUCUGGGACCAAAAACUGUAAUGAUAAAGUAUCAGAAACUAUAGUUAGCCAAUUACCAGGGUCCAAUCAGAGGAGGAGUACACGUUUUCUAAAUGUCCAGCCCCGUAUACCGAGCUGCCAUAGAAGAAGGGCUGCUGCGUUUGAGAUUAUUUUCUUGGUUUAAAGAUCAUGUAGCUUCAUUACGGUAUCAUUGUCCUUUGUGCACUGUGGAAGAAGUCAGAUAAGAUCAAAUACAGGAAAAUAAUUGCACUGUAUCAGAGCUGCUUAAUUUAGCUGUGAUAUAAAAAUAUAAUUUGUUACAUACAUAGCUUUGUGACACCAACUGUAGACACCCACAUAAAAAGGAAAAAUCUGAACAAGAAUAACCUUUACAUGUGAACCCUGAAUGUUGUACUGUACGACAUAUACAAAUCCUGUAGAGGCCAUGCAACGUCAAAGUGGUGAGUAGCUGUGUUCGACCUCUGUGACCUCACAGAUGAACAGGCUCCACAUCGUGUUUGGAUCCAGCCUGUAAACAGCAGCUGCAGAUCGACCCUCAUGCUAAUCUUCUCCCGCUCUCACAUGGUUUCUGUUGAACCGCUUUUCCUGUUUCUAGAAAUCCUCACCUUGCAGUCAUAUGGGGAGAAAUCUUUCCUGCACAUGAUUUUCAGAUAAUUUAAUUUCAGAGAAACAACACCUUCAGAUCGUGAUGUGCAGCAAGUGUCUGCCCUCUAGUGGCUACAUGGGGGAAUUGCACUAGUAAUAUUAGAUCUGUGAAAGUCAUGUUAGACACAUUAUUACCCCACUUUGACUAGAAAAUACAGUGAUUUUGCUUUAAUAUAUUAACAUUUAACUAGAAUUACCUCUGAGUUUAUGCUUCUGUGUAACUUUCAGAUCACUUUUCUUUUAACGUGAUUUACAUAAUUAACAUAUAACAAUUGGGUUAGACAUCACAUAGUAAUUAAUCUGCAGAUAUCCAUAAACCAUCUGAGCUGCUUUGGUGAUAUUUUAUUACCCACUCUAGUCCCAAGUUUCAUUCCAAGAAAUGCUCAUUAAGUAUUAACUAAAGGCACAUAAAGUUAUAUACUGGUGCCUUAUUAUUUUAUAAUUUUCGCGCAAACAGAAGUACUUUUAGUUGCAAUAUUUCCAAUUCUCUUAAAAAAAAUUAAAAAAGAAGCCAUACAUGUUUUAGAUACUUAAGAAUAAAAAAAUGACCAAUAUGUUGCUUAAUGGUCUGUGCUACAGUUUUGUGAGUCAGUGUUAAUGGUUCUGUCACAAUGGUCCUCACAUUUUAUCCUUUUGUUGUACGACUAUGAGGUUGAAUCAGGGGAAGUUGGAUCAGAUGUGAAUUCCACUGUUGCUUUUAGAGUUCUCGUUUCAGUUCCCUCUGUAGAGUCCACUAUUCAGAAUAGAGUGAUUUUAUUGAUGACCAAGGUCUUAAUCAAAGCCUUAAUCUUGUCAUGUUUCUGUGUUUUAGGUCUGCUAUUGUUGCAAUACACUGUAAAAUUACCUAAUGUACCUGCUGUUCUUGUAAAUACUCACCCACUAUAUGGUUUCAUUUUUCACUUUUUUUUGGGCGGUUAUGUGUCACAGGGGUGAUUUCCAAAAUCUCAGACUUGAAAUGUGGCUCCAGCUCUGAAUGUUUCAUGACAUGAAGAUAUUUUUGCUAGUUGAUAAUGAAGAUUUCUAUACACAAAGACGAUUUAAAUAUUUCAGAUUUACAUGCCUUUCCUGUGAGCAGCAGUGACUGGAGUUUGAUGGUAUCGGUUAGAUGAGAUGACGCCUCUGAGUCUGCAGAGGCUCAGACAGAUUGUGUAACUGCUCGUUAUGAAAUGAUAAGCCUUCAUCACGAACAGUGAUUUCUUUUUCCUCUCUCUUCCAUCUCUGACACCGAUGGCCGGCUGCGUGCCAAUCCUGUGUAGUUUUCUAUCAUUUAUAAACAGAACAACAAUUAGGUGGCCACGUUAUAUACAUAACCAAUUAUUUUUCAAAGACAGAUUACUGGCCAUGAGAACUGUAAUGUGUGUUUAAGAUGUUACUGCCUCACGCAUAGUUGUGAAAAAAAAGCUUUCCAUCGGAUCAACUUCAAAUCUACCUUGUUUGUUUAAAAAGUUUAAUUAAGUUUGCUCUCUGGAUUAUGAUGUCUUAUUUUGAUGUUCUCUGUCAAACACCAAAAUGUAUUGUGAGAGGCGAUUAAAGCAUUCUUUAAAUAUCAA